CCUCGUCUUGGCAUCUUCCCAGCCCUCGCCCACGAGCGCGACCUCCAUGCUUGCCCACUCACGAGCGUGACAGGCGGGCUCCACGUCGGCGCGGCAACGCGAGUGCGGCACAGGUCCCACAUGUCAUCUUAACAGGCCACCUAGAGCCUCCUCGGGAACUCCACUCGCCUAUAGGCCUGGGCAAAGGCGCCCCCCUUGCGCGCCGACGCGCACAACUGGAAAAGCAGCCUCGAAAAGCCAAAAAGAGGCACGCAGCCGCAUGGCCGGCGACGGCGAGGGGGCCGCCGCCUUUGCGGCGGCGAAGGCGGAGUGGCUCGACGGGUCUGGUGGCCUGCCGCUGCUGCGGUGGUGGCGCGCGUCGGGCGGCGGCGAGCUGCUGGGGCGCUGGGACGCGGUGCGCGCCGGGGCCGUGGCGCCGGCGCUCGCGGCGGUGUCGGGCGCGUGCCUCGCCAUGUCGGCGAUGCUGCUCGCGGAGGCCGUGUUCAUGGCCGCCGCCAGCCUCGUGCGGCGGCGUCCCGAGCGGCGGUACAGCGCGGGCCCGCUCGGCGCCCAGGACGGCGAGGACGAGGAGCGCGGCCUCCUCGGCUACCCCAUGGUGCUCGUCCAAAUCCCCAUGUACAACGAGAGGGAGGUGUACAAGCUUUCGAUCGGAGCAGCGUGUGGGCUGUCGUGGCCGUCGGAUAGGGUCAUCGUACAGGUUCUAGACGAUUCCACGGAUCCAACGAUCAAGGAUCUGGUGGAGCUGGAAUGCAAAAUUUGGGCUAAGAAAGGCAAGAACGUAAAAUAUGAGGUCAGAAACAAUCGAGAAGGAUACAAGGCUGGUGCACUGAAAGAGGGGAUGCUGCAUGCUUAUGUCCAACAGUGUGAUUUCCUCGCUGUAUUUGAUGCCGAUUUCCAACCGGAACCUGACUUCCUCAUGAGAACCAUCCCAUAUCUCGCACGUAAUCCACAAAUUGCUCUUGUUCAAGCACGCUGGGAGUUCGUUAAUCCCAAUGAAUGCCUGAUGACAAGGAUACAAAAGAUGACACUAGAUUAUCACUUUAAAGUAGAGCAGGAGGCAGGUUCAUCUACAUUUGCCUUCUUUGGUUUUAAUGGAACUGCUGGGGUAUGGAGAAUUUCUGCCAUCAAGGAAGCUGGGGGCUGGGAUGAUCGAACCACAGUUGAAGACAUGGAUUUGGCAGUCAGAGCAGGCUUGAAAGGAUGGAAAUUUGUCUAUGUUGGCGAUGUCAAGGUAAAAAGUGAACUGCCAAGCAAUCUGAAGGCAUAUCGCCGUCAACAACACCGUUGGACAUGUGGGGCAGCAAAUUUAUUCCGAAAGAUGGGAGCAGAGAUAUUGCUUACUAAGGAGGUGUCACUUUGGUGGAAGCUUUAUUUGCUAUACAGCUUCUUCUUGGUGAGGAAGGUUGUUGCUCAUGUGGUACCUUUCGUGCUCUACUGUGUAGUGAUCCCAUUUUCGGUGCUAAUUCCUGAGAUCAAAAUUCCUGCUUGGGGGGUGGUUUAUAUUCCUACAGCAAUAACCGUUCUAUACGCCGUCCGAAAUCCAAGUUCUAUCCACUUCAUACCAUUCUGGAUCCUCUUUGAGAAUGUCAUGUCUUUUCACCGAACAAAGGCAACGUUCAUCGGUUUGCUGGAGUUGGGAAGUGUAAACGAGUGGGUGGUCACAGAGAAGCUUGGCAGUGCAAGCAAUACAAAGCCCGUGCCUCAGAUACUCGAAAGGCCUCGCUGCAGGUUUUGGGACAGAUGGACCGUGUCAGAACUUCUGUUUGCUGUGUUCCUUUUCGUUUGUGCGACCUACAACUUGGUCUAUGGAAGCGACUUCUAUUUCAUCUACAUAUAUCUGCAGGCUAUAACAUUUAUCAUUGUUGGCACUGGUUUCUGCGGAACCUCUAACUCAUAGCAGCCAUAACAACUGAUCCAACCACAGGAACUGUAUCUUCACUGUAGGCAUGAUGUAACAACCUUGUCUUCUAGGGAAUAUUUUCUAUGUAAUAACCUCAUUCCUUUCGCUGUGAAUAGCAUCAGGCGAAGCGCAGCUGCCUUUUAGAAACAGGUUGGCGGAAAUCUAAAACGUCAUUUCUGUGUAACAACGUUCCACUGUUAUUGUACUUUUGCUUUUACAUUUACCGGGAUUGUGCUAUCAGCACAAUUUGGGAAUACAAUCACAUUGUACCGUUAAACAGGUUAUUGGACAGAACAUGAUUUUUCGGGUAGCGUCGGUUUGGAAUAUGAUCGUUGUGCCUAUAUGUGUUUCUCUGUGAGCAACUUGUAUCUCCUGUCGUUGCUUAUUCCUGAUAAUAAUUUUAGGGCUUGCUUGGCUAACAACAUGAUAGUAAUAGACUCUACUUGUCAAUCCCAUAUGUGAGCUUAUUGGGGUUCAUUGAACCCCUUUCGCAUGCACAUACUUCCCGGUUCACAAAUAUAAGGUUGUCUAUAUUGAAAUAUCCAAAACAUCUUAUAUUUGUGAAUGGAGGGAGUACAUAAAUUUCUCAUGUAUUUUACUAGUUCCUGUAAAUUCCCCAUGAACUGUGCAGGAAAGUCCAUUUUUCAUCUCUCAAUUAGUAUCGAAUUCAAUAUUUGACUCUCAACUCUAUAGCAGAUAUUCUUGAUCCCGUGUAGAAACCAUCUAUGUUUGGUCUCUUACUCCAUUAAAACCGUUUUAAAUGAUGAAUAGGUGGCAAUUUUGCACACUGGCUGUACAGUGGGCACAAAGAGUUAAAAAAAAACAGGAAAACAGGAGAGAAAAAACAAAUAUUUGGUGAUCAAAUAGAUCAAAUAUUUGAUGAUAUUUUUUCAAAGCUGAACUAAUUUAAAGAAAAUUG